GAACGAGCUCCAAGCGAAGGGGCCCAAGGACAUGGUGGAGCCAGGGAUGGGGUCCCUGGACAACCACGAGGGCCGGGAUCGAUCCCAGGAGCAGCGCUCGAAGUUCAUGGCAAGCAUCUUCGCGGAGGUGGCCUCCCUCCGGCUCGGCGCUGUUGGCUUCACCAGCAAUGCGCGGGAUUACACGGGCAUCCCGUCGAAGAUAUUGCAGGAGGUGCACGCCAUGGCGAGCUCCGCGGUGCCGCUCGUCACGCCUGACGUGCCGGCCCACGCGCUCAUGUGGUGUCACCGCCGGGUGGUCGCGGAGCUGGAGGCCAAGAAGAAGUCGCAGCAGGAGCUGGCCAACGAGACGGCGGGCGAGCCGAAGCAGGGGGUGACCGAGGCGGCGAAGCCAGACGGGGCGCCGGCGACGGGCGGCCCGGGCUUGAGGCGCGUGCGCCCCAGUCGGGCGCGACCGGGGGCGGGGCCCCGAAGAAACACCAGACGGAGCCGGAGGUCAUCGCUGUGGGCGACAUCGUGAUGAUCACGAAGUCCCCGAAGGAGCCUCUGUUGUGGCUGAACAAGAAGGCGCGCGUGGUGAAGCUCAUCCCGGGCCAGGGCCAGGCGAGCAUCCUCAUGCUGGAGGGGAGGAAG